AUGGAUAGGUUCGACGUCAUCAAUUUUGCCGACCUUUCUGGUCCCAACGGCGGCGACUGGCUGAGGAUCGGCGGUGGUAGCUUUGGUGUCGUUUUCAAAGGCGAGUACCUCGGCACCGAGGUCGCCAUCAAGGAGGUCCUACCCAACAAUACAUACGAUGUCGAAAAGUACUUUGAGCGAGAGUGCGUCCUCAUGAAGGAAGCAAGACAUCCCAACAUUGUUCAAUACAUCGGCUUAACAAAGAGCCCAGGCUUCGAUGGCAGGAUCUACAUCAUCUCCGAGUUCGUCGGCAGCAACGUCCGCUCCUACAUCGCAGAUCACAGCAAGCCUUUCCCUUGGCGCUUGCGUAUGAGCUUCGCUAUGGACAUCUCACGUGCGCUUGCUUACCUUCAUGCUCGUAACUGCAUGCACCGCGAUCUCAAGGGCGAGAAUCUUCUCAUCACCGCCAACGAACGCAUCAAGAUCUGCGACUUUGGCUUUGCUCGUAUCGCAGCACGUAACCAAGAGGAGAUGCGCAGAAUCAGCUACUGUGGUACAGAUGGAUACAUGUCGCCAGAGAUCUUGCUCGGUCUCGACUUCAGCUUACCCUCAGACGUUUUCUCGCUCGGUGUCAUCUUUGCCGAGAUUGCUUCACGACACCUCGUCGACUCUUACACCUUCAAGCGAACCAUGCCCUCCUUUGGCUUGGAUGCCGAUGAGGUACGUGAGAUGGCAUCAGAGGGCUGCCCUGAAGCAUUUAUCCAGCUCACCCUUGACUGCGUAGAGGAAGACCCAAGAGAUCGACCCGAGAUGCGUCAGGUUGUUUCUCGCCUUCGUGACAUUGAGCGCCAAGUGCUCAUGUGCGAGCAAGCAGAGAACCGCUACGCUAUCGGCAGUGUCCGAGGCGCCACCAUCCAUUCCAUCAUGGGCUCCAAGCUCAAGCGUGCUGCUCCACCAAGAUUGCCCAGCUUCAACGGUGCUUUGAAGCUCGGCAGCCACUCCAACGCAAACUCGGACGACAGCGGCGACGAGAUCGAAGAAGCCCUUGCAGCACUUGAAAAAAUUGGCAUCGAGGAGGAUCUCAGCGGUCCUGGGUCCAUCAAAGGCUCCAGCACACUCAAGGUCGCUGGUCACGGCAACCCGUGGUGGAGCGACGAGACUUCUGAUGCGCUUCCUAGCAUCAACCGCAGCUGGCUCUCUUCGCCUGGUGCUGCAGCUGAAAGAUGCCGCCAGGAAUCUGAAGCUGGUCUCCUCGAGAACGUCGAUUAUGCCGAGAGCGAUUACAGCACUUCGGUUGUGCGUUCCUCCAAGCUGACCGCCAGACAUGCGCCACUUGCAAUGCUCGAUGAGCGUGCAAGCACCCUCUCGGUGCGAACAUUGCGUCAGAACGAUUCGUCUUUGCUCAUCCCAACUCGUCGAGGCUCUGCUGAUGCGUCGGCUAUGCAGUCGUUUAUGACAGCGCGCACUCGCCGCGCCGACCCUUCGAUGGCUCUCGCCACCAUCGCUUCAGUCAACUCGGGCCUCAUCGAGCCUGUCCCCAUCUGCCAUCGCUUUACUCUUGUCAAGAACGGCACUCGCCGACCCACUUCGGUCACAGCUGCUGCACAAGCUGCUGCAGGAUCCAACAGCCACCAACACCAGCACGUCAGCAGCUACCCUAGCCUUCUUCCUCCUGCCGUCAUGCUCAGCAACGCCCUCGCCAAGUGCUGGGUCUGCGGCAAGAGGAUCGGCUGGAAGCCAUUCAUGGACUGCGAUGAUUGCCCUUAUAAAACUCACGUCGCUUGUGCCGAACUCGCUCCACCGACAUGUCAGGAUCUUGCGAUCCCCAUAACUGGCGGUCCUGGUGGUAGCCGUGUUCAGCCCAUCUUGUCACCGUACAAUGCUUCCCGUCGCAACUCUAAAGCCUCCGAUGUGGGCGAUCAGAGGGAGAUCUCAGCUGCAGCGGCGGCUCUGCGUCGAGCUUCGUUGGCCGACUCGAUCGACGAGCCGGGCUCGCCUCAGAUGGGCAAGGCAAAGGCAAAGAAGAAGCUCUUUGGCGGUUCAGCUGUCAAAACGAGUGCCGUUCGCGCCUAA